CAGCAGCCAGCUCGUCUCGUCGCCCAGCACACCCAGCCUCUACACCACAUCUGAGUGUCGCAGCGGCGCGGUCCGCAGACACUCGCAGCCGCAGCGCGGACUGGACUCGCUCGCUCUCGUCGGCAGGGCUACGCAGUGCAGGCAGGGCCAGGACAGAGGAGGUCCCCGAAGACGCCUAGAGCUCCUUGUCCGGCGUGCCCCACUUGUGUCCCGAGCGACGACGCUAACGUUGAGAUGUUGGCGGGAAGGCACGAUCACCAUCAGCUGAUGCAGCGGGCCUUCGACCUUGGCUGUCCGCAGGGCGCCCUGUCGGACGUCGAGACCGAGUCCGAGCCCGAGGAGGCCAUGACGACCCACAUCCGCUACACCGGGGACGGCGCGCCCGACCGCGGGCUGUCCUGCGGGGCCCUCGUCCUGGAGGCCCUCCGCCAGCACCAGCACCUCACGCGGCCGUCACAGGUUGACGCCCACCUCGGCACCGCGAUGUCGUUCAAGGAGCUGCUGGUGCAGACGGUGCUGGCGGCCGAGGGCUGGAGGCUCACGGGGCUGGGCAAGGGCGACACCGUGGCGCUGGUCUCCAGGAACCAACACGAGGCCUUCCCGGCGGUCCUGGGCGCCAUGGUCGCCGGCCUGACCGUCGCCUGCGCCGUCCCGACCGCCACGCCAUCCGAGCUCCGCCACGCGCUCACGCUGGUGCAGCCCCGGAUGGUCAUCUCCGAGCCCGACAAGCUGGCGCUGUCCAGGGAGGCGUACCCGGGCGCGCCGCACAUGGUGCUGCGCGGCGACGCCCCCGACGGCGUCAUGACGUUCCAGGAGCUGAUGCGCAAGGGCGAGGCCGCGGACCCGCCGCCGGACCCGGACACGUACGAGGCCGCCGACGUGGGGGAGGACCGCACCGAGCACGUCGGCUUCGUCCUGUUCUCGUCGGGCACCACCGGACUGCCCAAGGGCGUCCGUCUGCGCGACACGCUCAACACCCUCCUCAUCCACAACAUCACGGCGGUCAUGCAGCCCCGCGACGGCGAGGGCGUCUACAUGGACGUCGACCAGACGCUGCUCAUCUCGUCGCCGCUGUGCUGGGUGUCCGGCGUGUGGCAGACGCUGCGGGGCAUCAUCUUCGCCAACACCAGGGUGUUCUGCUCCACCACGGACGACGUCAUGGUCAUGUCGGUCAUCGACAAGUACAAGAUUGACACGUGGAUGGCUGCGCCCGCCGUGCUGGUGGCGUUCGUGUCGCUGUACCUGAGCCACUACCGCGAGCGCUACGACCUGAGCAGCCUCAAGACGAUCCUGGUGGGCGGGUCGCCGACGAGCGCCGAGGUGCAGGAGAGCGUGGCCAAGGACCUGAACGUGCAGGUGGUGCAGGUGUACGGCGCCACGGAGGCGGGCUUCGUGUUUGGACCCACGUCCGCCGAGCCGGCACCGUACGGCUCGCUGGGCAAGCUGGUGCCCUGGGUGGAGCUGAGGCUGGUGGACCCCGACACCGGCGACGACAUCCCCGCGUCCACGAAGAACAAGGUGGGGGAGGCCCGCGUGCGCUCGCCCUACCUGCUGCACAGCUACGUCAACAACCCCGAGGAGACGGCCAAGGCGUGCGACGAGCUGGGCUUCUACAAGACGGGCGACCUGGUCUACGAGGACGACGACGGCUACUUCUUCUUCGUGGACCGCAUCAAGGAGAUGAUGAAGUUCAAGAACCUGCAGAUCGCGCCGGCCGAGAUCGAGAUGGUACUGCUGCAGCACCCCGGCAUCCAGGAGGCGUGCGUGCUCGGCAAGUCGGACCCCGUCGUCGGGGACCUGCCGACGGCCUUCGUGUCGCGCGCCUUCAACGAGGAGGGCGAGGCUCUCACCGAGGACGACGUCAAGGCCCUGGUGGCGGACAAGCUGUCCGACUACAAGCAGCUCCGCGGCGGCGUCAUCUUCCUGGAGAAGCUCCCCAAGACCGUGACCGGCAAGAUCGCGCGUCGCGAGCUCAAGGAAAUGCUGCGGGCCUUGCCGUGAAGCUUGAAGCCGCGGAAGCGGCCUGCCGGAGCCGGAAGUCUCCUGCCGAGGCUGCCAAGCGACUUCUUUUUACUCCUAGUUACCAUUAGUGUAGCCACAUACGUAAGCAAAGUCCCACGACGCGUCAGUUUCAAAAGGGUUGCCUGUCUUAGCGUGUCUUCACGUGAGCGGCACGGAGCGGCAGGCGGAGGUUGGCAACCCUUCCGACAGUGGUGCAUCGUGCCUACUAAUGUGGCGAAACGGGAUAGUUCCCUUUCAUGAUCUCGGACUUUGCUUUCAGGAGCACAAUGCUGUAGCGCGGUAGCACCAUUUCCAAAUACCGU